CUGAAGUUCAUCAAAGCCAGCGGAUGUGCAGAUGCCAAAGGAGAUCUAGAAAAAGAAGUCAAGUGCUUACGAGGUCUUCCGGCACAUUCACUUUUCGAUCUUCUCUACGAGCUUACAACUGCUGCAACGAAGAGAAGGCAAGCUCGUUUGGGGAGUAUGUACUGGACAUCUCAGUUUGGCGAAUCAUUCCUGUUGGACGCCGCACAGUAUUUCGAUGUCUACAUGCGACCAGUAAUAGAUGGCGACUUCAUACCUGCUUGCCCGUCUGCCAUUCUGAAAUCCAUCAAAGCAGUCGAUGCUCCAGAAGUUCUUAUCGGAAAUGUGGACAAAGAAGGAAUAUUUUGGCUCCUCUAUGGUUUGGGUUUGAAAGAAGUCUCAUUCCUGCAUGAUGAUGGCAACAUUACCCUUCCAACACUUAAACAACUUAAGAACUUGGGUAUUGACUAUUUAAAACUGAUUGAAACUCGAUUCACAAGUAUCGGUCAGCUUGUCACCCCUUUUCCAGCCAUAACGGCAAUUGAAUAUGGCUUGAAUAGUCCCGAAAUUGCUGAAAUGAAUUAUUACAACACGGAAAUUGCAAUGAAUGACAUCAGUUCGGUGUUAGAUUUUAUGUACAAACUGGAUGAUCUCACUGGAGAGUUGGACUUUGUGUGCAGCACAUUGCUAUUUGCACGACUCCUUUCAAUCAUCCCCAACUCAAAAGUUCAGUAUUUCAACUUCAUGUACAAGACGCAUAUAAGCCAUUUGCCACAGUGGACUGGGGUAAUGCAUGGCUAUGAAAUUGAAUACGUCUUUGGAAUGCCUUUUUCCAAACCAUUCAAUUCACAAUACUACGAGUUCUCCCCAGAAGAGUCCGAGCUCAGCAAACGCGUAAUGAAAUAUUGGGUGAACUUUGCAAAAACAGGACAAGCUUCGUUAGACGGGAAAGAUGGUGCCUGGCCUCUUUUCAACUCCUCCAAAGAGACCUAUUUGGAAAUAAGCCUAGCUGAAGACAACGUCAAGACUCACCUUCGCCAAAAGGGAUGCAAUUACUGGAACGAUGUCUAUCCCAGUCUGCUAAGAAAUUAUCUUCGUCUAAGCGCCUCACCAAGCCAUUAUAUGCCCACUGACAACUGUCCCCAUAUGGAGAUAAGCCUUUACAAAGUCGAUCGUCUUCGAGACUACGUUGAUGGAUAAGGAACUGAAGAUUGCAUUGCAUGUGUUGGUGUUGAUGACAUUUGA